GCUCAGCCUUCCAACAACCCCCCCCCCCUCCCCUCUCGCUGGGCUAAGAUGAGUAUUACCAGUGACGAAGUGAAUUUCUUGGUCUACAGAUACCUCCAAGAGUCAGGUUUUACCCACUCAGCAUUCACCUUUGGCAUUGAGAGCCACAUCAGUCAGUCGAACAUCAAUGGAACACUAGUGCCCCCUGCAGCCCUCAUCUCCAUCCUGCAGAAAGGGCUUCAGUAUGUUGAGGCAGAAAUCAGCAUUAAUGAGGAUGGCACAGUCUUCGACGGUCGGCCGAUCGAGUCACUGUCGCUUAUCGAUGCUGUGAUGCCCGACGUGGUGCAGACGCGGCAACAGGCCUUCCGUGACAAGCUAGCCCAGCAACACGCCACCUGCGCCGUCUCUGCUUCAACCUCAGGAAACCAGUCUAAUGCACCAAAGAAUGGAGAAGCCACGGUCAACGGAGAGGAGAACGGCACUCACAACAUGAAUAACCACAGUGAGGCCAUGGAGGUGGAUGGGGAUGUUGAGAUACCAGCCAGUAAAUCCACGGUGCUCCGAGGUCACGAGUCCGAAGUGUUCAUCUGUGCCUGGAACCCUGUCAGCGACCUGCUAGCCUCAGGCUCGGGCGACUCCACGGCUCGGAUCUGGAACCUGAACGAGAACAACAGCUCCAGCUCCACCCAGCUGGUUCUCCGCCACUGUAUCCGAGAAGGUGGCCAGGAUGUCCCCAGCAAUAAAGACGUCACUUCACUGGACUGGAAUAGCGACGGGACACUCUUGGCGACCGGCUCGUAUGAUGGAUUUGCCAGGAUUUGGACAAAGGACGGAAAUCUGGCCAGUACCUUGGGGCAGCACAAAGGGCCCAUAUUUGCACUCAAAUGGAACAAGAAGGGGAACUGUAUUCUCAGUGCUGGCGUAGAUAAGACGACAAUCAUUUGGGAUGCAAAUACAGGAGAAGCCAAGCAGCAGUUUCCUUUUCACUCAGCCCCUGCGCUGGACGUCGACUGGCAGAACAACACCACGUUUGCCUCCUGCAGCACAGACAUGUGCAUCCACGUGUGUCGCCUCGGCAGCGACCGGCCUCUCAAGACCUUCCAGGGUCACUCGAAUGAGGUCAAUGCCAUUAAGUGGGAUCCAUCAGGUAUGCUGCUUGCCUCCUGCUCGGAUGACAUGACCUUAAAGAUCUGGAGUAUGAAACAGGAGUCCUGCGUCCACGACCUUCAAGCUCACAGUAAAGAAAUCUAUACAAUCAAGUGGAGCCCGACCGGGCCAGGCACAAAUAACCCUAACUCCAACAUCAUGCUGGCAAGUGCAUCUUUUGACUCAACGGUGCGACUGUGGGACGUUGAGCAAGGGGCUUGUAUACACACCCUGACCAAGCACCAGGAGCCUGUCUACAGCGUGGCCUUCAGCCCUGAUGGCAAACACCUCGCCAGCGGCUCCUUCGAUAAGUGCGUCCACAUUUGGAACACCAUGACUGGAGCCCUGGUUCACAGCUACAGGGGUACUGGUGGCAUUUUUGAGGUGUGCUGGAACAGCACGGGAGACAAAGUUGGAGCCAGUGCAUCAGACGGCUCGGUUUGUGUUCUCGAUCUCCGAAAAUAGCCCUCCUGAUAGGAUGAUGAAUCCUGACAAAUGCAGAGAUCAGCCUUCUUCGGACAUCAGCAAACGCACUCUCCUCGCUCAAGAAGAGCCGUAAAAGUGGACUGAAAUGAAGCCCUUUACAGGACCUUAACCAGAUGACAGCAGCAACUCGAACACCAACUAAAUUCAUUGCACCUUAAAGUUUGUUGAUGUGUGUUUUUAUGAUGAGCCUGAGAGAGGAUGGAAACUGGCGUAUAAAGCACUCAAAGUGGAUCGUACUCCCUCCCGGGUGCAUCCAUGUAUUAAAAGGUUUCUAAUGAGGGCGCGCUGGGGUCCCCGCGGGCUGCAGGUCCUGCUGUUAUUGAGUUAUAGGGGUGGAAACAUAAAGAUGAGUCAAGUUUUCAGCAGAAAGAAGGGAAAAUAAGAGACAGGUGUUUGGGCUUCGAGAAAGCAACAAAUUGCAAAGUAAAGGCGUUGGGCUUAUAUUUCCUCUUAGGAAAUGUAGCUUUAUGUCCAAAUGAUCGGACAUACAAGAGGAUGAAAGUUACCAAUUUUCACAGCAACUCUGCCACUGUCAGCUGACGGGGUGCCUAACCUCUCCCCCUGGAGGAGAACGUUUCCACAAUACUUGUUGUUUGUUUAAUGUUAUCCACAGAUGGGCUUUUGAGAGUCAGAUUGAAUGUGCCGCCACGAGGUAGAUCCUAGUUCAUUUUUAAUAGCAGGGCAACAAGAGGAAAACUUGCCAAGUAAUCCUCCGAACUGUUGUCUUGAAAUGAACAAAUUUUCAUUUUGUAAAAACAAAAAAGAAAGAAGAAAAGAUGUGAAAAUUGUGGUUUACAAAGAGAAUCUUUCUCCCUUUUUGGAUGUAAAUUUCAAGAAUGUAAAGAUGUGUAAAUCAGAUGAAAACACAGACUUAUAUACUGUGUAUAUAUGUUUAUAUACAGUACACUUUAUCGCCAUCUACAGGGGCUCUUUAUUGGCGAGAGCCGCCGCAUCUUCGCUCUUAGUUUGUGACAACAAAGUGCAUGUCUUAUCGGCUUUCUCUUUUAUUACAGUCUUUCUAAACACGGUCAGCUACAUACAACGUCUUUCCUUUUUUAAUGAGGUGAAAAAUGAUAUGGUGAGAUGUAUUAUUACCCAAAUCUGUCUUCGGUUGAUUGCUGGUUGCCAUAAGAGGGUUAACUUGUCCAAAAUAAGGGAGGGAAUAGUCGUCAGCCUCCUUCUUGGUUUGCUGAUUCAGCGUGUUUGACACCUUUAUUGCUAUUUAAUCCAACCUGUGAGAGAAUCAACCUGACCUAAAUGGGUUAUGAGGGUUUGAUUAGCAUCCCUACGGUUCCUCUGUGGCACUUUAAGUGAAAUCUAGCUGCAGAAAAUUUGAGAUCAUGAAAAAUUCCUGCUGGAAACAAAAAGAGCCUUUUUUAAAUUGGUAUUUUACCCCUGGUUAAGUUUGGUCAUUUGAAAUUUCUGUGACGUGGAUGCCGAUUCAGUACUGCAGAGUUAUUAAACCCAUUUAGGCCAUCUCGUUAUUGAUUUCUUUCACAUUGUUGGCAUUUUUUGCUACAGCGACAUGAAGUGCACUUUUUGUGAUGGUGGAUUCAGCGAGCGUUCGGCUUUGGUUGAAAGUGCUCCAGUGUUUGUUUUUUCUUUCUUUGAUUUUAAUGUCUUUAAUGAUUGGAUUGUAAAAGGUGUUGCAAAGCUUUCUUAGUUUCUUUUUUAUUUUCUGAGAGCCAUUAUUGUCUGUGUCAGACUGAGAAUUGGGCUGUCUCUGGGGGGGAAGUGACCAUUAUUGGCAUGCCAAGAGCCCAAAAAAAAAAAAUGAGGUGACAGCUAUUUUCUCUCUCUUGUACCUUGAUCAAGGGUGCUGUCACCUGUUUCCAAGACAAAACUUUGAAGUCAUUCAUUGUUUCGAAUAAAUUACUAUAUUUUGAUAUUUGAAAACA